UUUUACCAAAAAGUUGCCUUGUUCUAAGUUAUAGUACUAUUUUCUCAACUUCCACCAUAUAUUCAAACAAAAACUACACUUUUCUUUGUUAUAUAUAUAUACUAUUUGUUGUUAUUAUUUCAAGAUUAGCAUAUAGUUGAGAUAAAAUCAAAAAAAUGGAGGUGCAUAAUAUUGAGAUCCCAUCACAUUUUGUAUGUCCGAUAUCUCUUCAACUAAUGAGAGAUCCAGUUACAAUAUCAACUGGUAUAACAUAUGAUAGAGAGAGUAUAGAAAAAUGGCUUUUUACCUGCAAAAACACAAUUUGUCCAGUUACCAAACAACCCCUUAUAAACUCAUUCUCUUCAUCAUCAUCACUAGAUAAUAAUCAUCAUCAUGAUUCUACUGAUAAUGAUGAUGAUCUAACUAUGAUGAUAACACCUAACCACACCCUACGCCGUCUGAUUCAAUCAUGGUGUAUCCUCCAUGCAUCAGACGGCGUAGAACGCAUCCCUACGCCUAAACAACCUCCUAGAGUAACCCGAUCAAACAUAUGUAAACUCAUCUCCGACGCAAAAAAGUCUCCUCAGACGAUGCGGUACACUUGUUUGCUUCGGAUCAGGGCAAUGAUCAGUCAUUCAAGAACCAAGAAGCUUCUGGAAGCAUCUGGAGGUUUCGAGUACGUUGUUUCUGUUCUAACAGAUGAUGAUACAACGAGGAGAGAGAAAGAAGAGGCGUUAUCUAUACUAGCUCAGAUUGAGGGUUGUGAUCAAGAGUUUAAAGGUGUGAUAUUCAAAAAUGAUGAUCAUGCUAUGUUGUUUAUAGAUUCAUUACUUGGGUUGUUGCACAAUAAUGGAAAAAAUAAUAAUGGAUCAUCUUGUAAUGAGGAGAGAGAAAAUGCUAUUAAGGUUUUGAGGUUGGUUUACAGUGUAGCAGACCCUACACAUAUGGGUAGUGUUAAGUGUGAGAUGUUUAAUGAGAUUGUUUGUGUUUUAAGAGAUCAUAUUUCUAACAUGGCUACAAAAAAUGCGUUAAAAUUAUUAAUUGAGUUAAACCCUUGGGGUAGGAACCGGGUCAAGGCGGUCGGGUCAGGGGCGAUCCAUAUGUUGGUGGAGCUUUUAAUAAACGGGUCGGUGGAUCGACGGAUAUCGGAGCUAGCAUUGGUGGUGCUAGACCAACUAUGUGGGUGUGCGGAAGGUAGGGCGGAUUUGGUAGGGCAUGGGGCAGGUUUAGCAGUGGUGUCUAAGAAGAUCUUAAGGGUGUCACACUUGGGGAGUGAUCGGGCGGUUAGGGUUUUGUCGUCGAUUUCGAGGUAUGUGGGGACACCCAAGGUGGUUGCGGAGAUGAUGGAGGUUGGGGUGGUGACCAAGUUGUGCUUGGUGAUACAAGUGGAUUGUAGUUCAAAGACCAAGGAAAGGGCUAAGGAGAUGUUAAAGUUGCAUUCUAGGGUUUGGAAAAAUUCCCCUUGCAUACCUCCUCAUUUGAUUUCUUCCUAUCCAUCUACCUAGAUUUUUGUCAAAGAUUCAUUUAGAUAACAUAUAUAAAGAUAUUAUUGUAUUUGACAUCAAUUUAGAUUAGUAUAUUCCUAACUACGUACUAAUUGUACUGAUCAUAUAUAUUUUCAUUAACAGCAGAGAGAAAACAUGCAUAGAUAUAUUAUUUAUAUACAUUUGUAAAAUAGUCACUUUACUAGUGUAUUUGUAUUGGUAAUGUGACAAUUAAAUGUGGAUGGAGAGGUAUAUAUGUAUAUGUCCUUGUAUAUUAGUAUUAUCAUUGAAGAGGAAGGAGUAUCGAGCCAGGCAAAUUAAAUUGUACAAAAAACUGAUAAGAUAAUUGAGGAGAAGCUGUUAACCUUAUGUAUAUUAGUAUAAUUUGAUGUAUCAAAAGAUAUUUUUUGAAGUACAA